CUGAGCAGCUGCAGUCGGAGAAAUCAGAGAAAGCGCCACCCAGCCCCAGAUUCCAAGGGGCCUGCUGGGGACUCUCUCCUCCUCCUCUUCAGGAAGGGAGACCCUGAGGCUGCAUCUCAGACCCACUCCUGGGCUGCCAUGGAGCUCCCAGCUGCCACCCCCCGGCUGUCCUCCGUGCUGCCAGGCAGAUAAGGGCAGCUGCUGCCCCAGGAGCACCUGCCCUCCCUGCUGCCUGGCCAUUCCUCUACGGCCAGCCCUGCCCUGACUUGGUGGCCACCCUUUGCUGAGCCAAGGCCAUGUAGGCCCCUCUCGGGCCUCCGUGGAAUCACUGCUGGGGACAGUGCCUCUGCUCUCCGGGGACCCCAGUGCACCACCAUGCCCCGGGGCUUCGCCUGUCUGCACUAUCUUGUAAUCCUGCUUGGCGUGACCUUGAGGAGCGAGGGUUUGGAGGUGAGGUCCUUGACCCAGAGUCAGGAGUGCACUGUCACCAGCUCUCUACGGGACAAGCUGCAGUACAGGAACCGGCUUCGAUACAUGAAACACUACUUCCCCAUCAACUACAUGAUCAGCGUGCCUUACGAGGGGGUGUUCAGAAUCGCCAACAUCACCAAGCUGCACAGGGCCCGGGUGAGCGAGCGGGAGCUGCGCUAUCUGUGGGUCUUGGUUAGUCUCAGUGCCACCGAAUCCGUGCAGGAUGUGCUGCUCGAGGGCCACCCAUCUUGGAGUUAUCUGCAGGAGGUGCAGAGGCUGCUGCUGGAUGUCCAUCAGGGGUUCAAGGAUAUGGAGGUCAGCCCCAAGGUGGAAGCAGUGUUGUCCCUCCUGAAUGCCCCAGGGCUCAGCCGGAAACUGGUGCGGCCCAAAGCCCUGCUGGACAACUGCUUCCGGGUCAUGGAGCUGUUGUACUGCUCUUGCUGUAAACAAAGCUCUGAACUAAACUGGCAGGACUGUGAGGUGCGAAGUCCUCAGCCCCAGGGCUCAGAGCCCUCCUCGCAGUGUACGGUCACCCAGCUGUACCCUGUACCCCAGCAGCCCCCCACCUCCCUGCCCCAGUCCCUGGGCUCAGAGGAGCUGGUCAGGGCACAGGGCAAAGGCCUCCUGCCCUGAGCAGCCUUAUGGUGACCCCACUGGGGCAGCCAGGUGAGCUCCAGCUGGGCCUGAGACUUGGAGGGGUGGUGUCGGGCACCUCCUCCCCUGAGAGAGAACCCCAGGGGGGUUUCUUUGAGGGAAUUUUGUGCCAGAGCAGGGCUCAGCUGCCUGCCUUCUCUACCCAUCAUGGUCACAUCUGGAGUGGUGAGAGGCUGGGGAGCCCUGCAGGUGGCACCUCCCUCGCCUUCCCUCUAGGUGGUGCUGUGUCCUGUUGACAGGGAGGCACACCUGGGCCGUGGGUGGGAGCGGGGUGCUGGUAGAAGGUGGAGACAAAUGCCACAUCUUGCCACAGUGGAUGCUCUUCCAGUUUCUUUUAUUUUUUCUAUUAAAUGUGCACCUUUCUUUGGUUUGGUUUGUUUUGCAUCUGGGAGAGUGAACCUGGUGAGGCUGGGAGUGGCCAAGUGCAGGAGAUGGGAGGGGCAGGGCUGGGG